AUGCUCAACAACGACCGAUCGAACCUAUCCAACUCAAUCAACUCAUCAUCAUCAUCAUCAUCAUCAUUCAUCCCGAGUAACAACAACAGCCCAAGGCUAACCGGCUCAGAAGGAUCAAGCUCAAGACAUACCAACCACACCUCAUCACUACUGCCCACCAGAACAUUCUCUCCAACCACAACCGAUCGAACCAGUUUACCCAUCGAUCCACUCUCACCACCCAUCCCCAACGAACACCAACUAUCUCCACCCAGUAACCAUCAUCACAAACGACACCAGACUACGAUCUCACAAUGUUCUGAACAGAGUAGCAUCCUCUUCGGUACAUCUCAAACCGACGAAUCUCCAGAAAAUAACCACACCAUGCCAUCCCCACAACAUACCGAUAGCCAACUCCAGCCUUCCUCGAGCAGAAGGAGACUCCCGUCGUUUAACUAUACCCCUGAUGAUGAAAGCAUCGAAGAACUACUCAAAACCUUGGGCUAUAGUCCGGGACAGUCAAGGGCCAACUCACUAUCCUCCCCAAACGGCCCCCCCGAUCCCAAUCGAAGUACCCAACAACGAGACAACGAAUCACGCGGAUCCAUGGUCAUGUUGGACAUCGAUGGCCGGGAAUUUUCGAUCCAUGAACAUUCUCUAAGCCCUGUCUCUGAGCGCACCGAACUCGAGACUGAAUCCUCCAAGACGAGUAGUAAUAAGAGGCGGCCAUUAGUUCAGAGCGUGCUUUCUCAGCGAUUUCAGUCUGGCCUCCAGUCUACGGCUCCACUCGCGCUCUCCCCCAAGCCAAAACAUCUCUCAACCCCCUCAUCCCCAUCUAGUCCUCGUUCAUCAUCCCCCUCCUCUUUACGAGCCACCGUCCCUAAGAAGAUCGACCAUCCCAGUCACUUCUGCCAACCGGUCCAUCAGAAUAGACCUGCCUCCUUUGGAUCCCACUCGCCAAAUUCGCUCAGUCCUGUUCUUACCAAGUCAUCUCAUCUCCUCUCCUCACCACCCGUCCCAGGAAAUAGCCUUGCCCAUCCCUCCCUACACCGAUUGCCCAAAAAGACUUCACACCUGAUCCAACUAUUUGAAAAUAGUAAAAAUCAGUCUCCAUCGAGCAUACCCAUGUCAACCCCUCCCAACAAAACCACACCCACCAAUCAAAUUCAAUCUGCACCAAAUUCUAACCUAUCAUCAAGAUUCCCAUCAGAAAAUCAUGCUCGAGGAAAAUCUCCUCAAGUACCAGUCUCCCCGACCCAAACACGAGAAGGUUCGAAUUUCUAUCUCACAGAUCACUCCGCAGGAAGGUUAAAUUCCCCACAGUCCAAAGCACCUCAAUCACCAGCGGCUGGCUCAACAGAAUCCUUGAGCUCGGCAGCGCUACCCGGACCAAGUAUGACCGAACAAGAGUGCUUGAGAUUACGGAGAGAGCGUCGUGAACGGAUAGCCAUGGCAUCCAAGAAUCAUGCAGCUGCUUCAGCUUCACGGCUAAAGAAUGAAAGUCAAACCGUACACCUAGCACCCCCAAGCCCAAUGUCUGAUCACUUCCUCAAGCAUCGCGAUCAGUUGCAUCGUCGAUCACCACGAGAAUCAGUGAUGUUCAGCGGUUGUACAUCUGUCGAAAGCGUAAGAAGCAAACGCUCUUAUGGCCCUGAUUUUAAUGAACCACAUCUUCACAUCCUGAGAAUCGCUUGGGCCGAAUUCGACCCUCGCUCGAAUUCUCGUACGGAAUUCGAAGAAUUCUUGGGUUGCAGUCGGGCUACCCAACGGGCGGACUGGGUGGGGGCAAUCUGGCAAGCUGCUCACGACCUGGGUGGAUUUGUCGACCAGCCUGACAUACCCUUGCGAGGAAACCCAUCUCCGAAGUCUGACCAACUCAAUAAUCCGGCCGCAUCCAGUCCUUCAGCUGCUAAUACCCACCAACCUAAUACCGCUUCCCCAGCUCUACCGUCUAAACAGGAUUGCAGUCCUAGACUGGAUCCGGUCUCGCUCGUCGAUCGCUCGGUUUCUGUUGGUCCUGCCGAGGCCCCUCAACUUGCGCAUUCGCCAACAUCUCAACUCAAACCACCUCCAUCUUCUGCUGUCAGCAGUCGAACAUCUGAAGUUUCUACUGGCACGUCCAACUUGCAAAGCGAACUAGAUCGCGACUUGGUUGCGGUUCAACAGGCUACGAACCCGCAAAUCCUUUCACCCGCCUGUCGCUUGUAUUCCGAAGGAAAUGACCCCAUAGUGCAAGAAAAUUUCAACGGAGUUCAUGUAGUCGAUCCUGCGUAUCAAGAUUACCCCAUCAAUCCCAAUCAGGAGGAAAAUUACACGCGGUCUCGAUCACCUGAGCUAGAUAUCUUUGCAAUGCUGGAUAGGAUGAGUGUCAAGGGUUCGAUCCACCGAAACACGGCGGAGUUUUACGACCCUCCAAAGCCUGAGUCCUUACAACCCCAACAGGUUCAGGAUAUGCAUAAUCCCCAACCGAUCAGUAACAGUCUUCAUGCGAAUAUAACUGCCCUUGAAGAUACUGCCAAUCAGAGUCACCGUAGUCCCUCGCGCCAUUCUUACCAUACCAUCAGGCCAACAUCUGCCACCGGAGUUCAUGAACAACUGCCCGACUCAGCUCGUUCAUCAGCCGUUGGAUCGCGCUCUAGUCACAGGGAGCAGCUUUCAGAAGUGAGGUCAAUGUCUCAAGCGACACAUGCAAGUCAAAAUCGACAUUUAAGUGUCACACCAACUCCCAUCACGCAGCGGCCCGCCGGCUCGCGCCCUCAAACGACUCCUAAACCACGUUCAAGUGAAGGCUUGCACGAGCCAACCACGGCCCGACAAGCAAGAGGGGCCUGGUCAGAUACGGAUCGAUUAUCUAACCAGACCGAUAAUAUCCUCUUGGGCGCCAACCCCGCUCGAGCAGUACAGAGAGAUUUGCGUAGGAUCUUGAAGACGAUCGAGCGCAAUGAUUCUUACCGAGCCGCUGAAUCAGACUCAUUGGGUCAUUACCUUGAUAGUAUUCAAAAUCAGCUCCAAAAUGUCGCAAUUAAGCUCCGUGGUCACCAAGUAGAACGUGAACCUAAUUACCCCGUAAACGAAAGUGAUGAACCGACGAUAGCAGAUAAGGUAGACUACAUGCUCAGCCUGUGUAACAUUUUACUCGAGAGCCAGCACAAGGUCUCCAGUGCAGUUGAGAAGAACCUAGAAGCUCACGGUGUUAGUAUCAGCAAUCGAUCAGUGCACACGCGAUCUAUGAGAUCGACGGCGAAUCCCAGUCGGCGUUCCUCGCAUGUGCCCACCGAACCUGGUAUGCCAGGCCCAGCGCCAUUAACGCCUCGACCUGACAGCAGCUUAGAUAACGAUCGGGUGACAUCACCUGAUCGGCUUGACUCGCCGCCCCUGCCACCCCUGCCUGACGCGAAUGGAGGCGAAGAAAACAUCGUCAUUGAUGAGGGCCCCGGAAAUCCCAGCGAGCUUCCUCCCCAAGUAGCAAUACAGGAAGCUGGUCUUAGUCGAAUCGAAAACUUAUUGGUCGAACUGCUCUCUCGGGUCGAUGAGUCCACCCAACGACAGAAUAAAGAACCAGCACCACCGGUUCCUGAUAAGGAUGUCGGCGAUGGCCAUUCCACUCGCUCGCGUCGCUCGCAUGCUAAUACCGAUAGCCAGAGUGAAACGCUGGACUUGGACGCCGAUGUGGCGCUCUGGAAAUCGAGGGGUAAUAUGAGCGAUCCUGCCGGUCCUUGGAAUGAUGAGAAGCGACAUCCUCUAGGGCAGAGCGUCAGCAGCCAUGCUCCUAGUGUCUACCCUCCUACCGAAGCGGAAACUCCAUCGUCUUCAGACCAACCCACUCCCCAAGUGAUUCCAGAUUAUAAUCUCGCAUAUGAGGCGGAGGACCAAGUGGCUCGACGGAUUGCAGAUGAACGUGCCCGGGCUGCCCGAAGACUCGAGGGAGUCUCGACCCCAUUCGGCUAUCGCCAAUCCAUCGGCCAGGGAUAUUCAGCAUCCGUCAAACCUCGAGUCCCAAGUCAUCUUUCCCAGCCAGGCCCAACGAUCCCUCCAAACCAAGACCAACACGCCGAGGAUCCUUACUUACCUUCCUCUCAGAACGACCCUCGUCUGUCCCGCCCUGACCUUGAACAAAGUCAUUGGUCUUCUACAACUCCGACCGCUGAGGAACAGGAUGAUUCCACGCCCCCACCUCCACCUCCACCGAAAGAUGACCACUUUGUGGCUCCACCACCUAGUCAACCCGCUCUUUCGGUUCGGGCCCCUAGUCGAGUUCCCUCGAGGGCAAUUUCACAUCAGUCGGCUGCCCGCCCUUUAUCUGUAGCGUCUAACCCGCCAGCACCCAUCCCACCACCUCCUCAAUUAUCAACAGAGGAACUGCGGAAUGUAGUCCACGAAGCUUUGCAACACCAUUCUACGGAGCAGGCGCCUGUUCUUGAAGAAGUUGUGACCUUGCUGCGUACUCAGGACCAAGUCAAUCAGGCCUCAGUCCUUAAUCAAGCAGAAGUAUCGAGGUACUUGACGCAACUGAAUACUCAUCUGGAGGGAGUACUACAUAAAAAGAAUGACGAGAUUCUGCAGAUUGGGGAGAAUGUUGGACGGCUAGAGAAGCAACUGGCGGUCCUACUCGAGCAAUCUCAGCAGAUUUCAUCCGUUAUUCCCCUCAUGAAUGCGACAGCCUCUACCUCGGCACCGCCACCUGAACAAGCUCCAACCUCGAUCGAUCAGCCCGAGGAAGCGCUCAACAGAGAUCUGGACGCUGGGCCUUCCGCCGAGCCCCACACGGAUGUCGAUCCCGGCCCCGAUGGCCCCAUCGAUGUGUCCGUUCAUCCUCAAGAGGGAGACGCGUUGGAUCCCCCCUUAGAGGGCGGAGAACCACACGUUACGCUGAUGAGCAAGAAGCCCUCGGUUGGGUAUCGGAUCACAGGCCCACGAGCGCGAAAGAUCAGCUUCAACAACAAAGGGCUCAAAGGCCCCCGGAUGCCCUCUGGGCUUGCGACGGUUGGCAAGCUGUGGGGAGGGCCUGUGCCGGCGGCCGACCGGGCCGCCCGAUGGGGCACCGGCGCUGGGGGAUCGCUGAAGCGCGUGCCCACUAAGUCCAGUCAUGUUUCUGAGAACCCCGCGACCGUCGAGGCCGCUCUCUCUGCAGUCAAUCCUGAUGACCCCGUCGGGCAGGAAGCGCUCAGUCAGAUGGAUCACCCCGAUGAUGAUAGGGCUGGUACGAUCGCAUUGGGGGUCUCACACAUCUUGAAGUUCUUGAGAGAGAAUUCAGAGAAGGAGGAGCUUCGCCGACAGAAGAAAGAGCAGGAAAAGGCCGCUCAACCUCAGCCUGCUAUCCCUGAUGAAAUGGAACAACGUCGGGCAAAGAUCGAGGAGUUGCAGUUGAGAAGAGAAGCGACCCUAGCGGAAGAUAAAGCUAAACAAAUGGAGGCGAUGAUGCAAGCGAUGAGACAACAAGCGAUCGAACAUGACCGAUUGUUGAAGAAGAUCUCCGAGGAACUCGAGGCGAAGAAGUCCAAGACUUCGGAACCUGAGAAUGAAGAAGAGGAGCGCAAGAAACGAUACGAAGAAGCGAUGAGCGAUGUGAAUAAUGUGUUGACUAAUGUCGAGAGUGGGGUGAUGGCUCAUCUGGAAGACUUUAAAGCUCAGAUGAUGAAGGAGAUGAAACAAACGUUCGAAAAGGUGGGCGAGUUGAGGGAACAGAAGCAGCAGAUUCAAGCCGACAUCGCCGAUAUGUUAUCGUACAUGAGUAAAGUACGAGGAGGCGGGCCGGACCCUCGCUGGCAACAUCCUAUUCCGGUCCCAAGUGUCCAUGGGGGACCUGAAGGCUCGGUUAUCAGUGGCCAUGCAGGACCAGCGGGACCAGCAGGGACUAAUUAUCCCUUCCUCUCCCCGAUCCCUGAGAGCUAUCCCAGCCCUCAUGCCGACUUCCCAGACCGUGAUGGGACGGAAGUCGGGGUGGCUAGGAGCAACAUCGGCUUCGGGCCUCGGUCUCCUAGUAGACGUUGA